GUGGAGCUGCGACACGCCCAACUGCCGAGCUGUCAAUCAUUAGGAAGGUAGCUGUUUGACAAGCUACGAUCACUGGUUUAUCCGAUGAAAUGUCACUGCUGGGACAUCGGGCUCUCUUUAUGGUUGUGUUUCGGAUGAGGGGAGUCUAGCGGUGGAGCAGGAGACCCGCGCUCUCAGUGAAAUGGCUCUCACGCUCCUUCGGGUGCCACGUGCUUCUCUCCCGUUGCUGUCACUGCUGCUCUUCUGGCUCUUCAUGUCCGUAAGAGCGCUGGAGAUGAUUGACCAAGACGCACCUGAACUCAGCUGUAGCCAGGGUUUGACUGACUGCAACGUGAGCUCAGCCUUUCCGUUCUCGUAUGCUCUGCCCGAUCGAGAGGAUGCAGUGGAUGUUACAGAUUUUAUUCUUAAAGGAAUUAUGUGCUAUUCAGCCGCAGACUGUAAACCUUGCCUGCAAAUCAUCAUCACAGUCCAAGAAGUGGAUAAUGAGAAGAAGGUUCCCAAGGACUCGGGUGACAACAAUGAUGAAGAGGAGUUCUUUACCAUGAAUCCAACGGCAGAAGGAAGUGGUCAAUCUGUGUUUCCUGAGCCAAGAGCUUUGGUGAAUGUGUGUGUCAGCUCUCCAGGCUCCAUGGAUUUUUGCAGGACACUCCAGUUUAAACCAAGCUCCUCCGGUUUAGACCAAGCUUCUUCUCUCCGGCCCACACAUAAGCUGGUGUUGACAGAGAAAAAAGUGACGUCUGGCAAUCCCGUUGUGGUCCAAGUCUAUCCAGAUUCAAAGGGACAAAACAGUAAAAAUAUGAUCCUCGAUGUAGAAGAAGUUUGCUCCAUGGACCUAGAGGAGACUGUAAAUAAAUGUGACGCUCCCAGACUCCUACCUGUGACAGAUCAUCAGAGAAAUGUCGUCCUCCUCCAAUGGAAAAACGCCAACUGCACCAAGGAGCUCAUGGUUUUGAAUGUUAACUCUGGAGAGAUUCUUGUGUGGCCCAAAGGCGAGACAGAAAUGGUCCUUCCGUCAAACCUUGUUGUACCAUGCCAGUGCUUCCAGGUAUGGUGGAAGGGAAACACGUUUCGAAAUGAAUACUGCCCUUUUGAAAACCAACAAGAUGCGCGAGAAAGAAUGCAGAACAAUGUGUCUGUGUCUGUGCAGGAGUAUCAGAUAAGGGAGGGUGGCAGAGGGCUGAGCUGGAAUGUGACUGCCCCCUGCAGACUGAACGCAGAGGUGAGGCUGUGCAAGAAAGACCUGGCAGGAAGCCCGUGUGAAGAAGUGACGGGCUCCACACAGAAACUGCACAAUCAUACUGUCUGGACUUCAACACGCAGUGGACGUUGGAAAACGGGAGAGUUCAAUGUGUCGUCACAUCCUCUGCUUUGUGUUCAGAUAAAGAUACAAGACAUGGAGUCAUACUUAGAGCCCCUCUGUCCAUUUGCAACAUCUCGAUGGAGAUGGAGCCCGCUACUCCUCAUCGGACUACUACUGAUGUGUUUGGCCGUAAUAGGAGCCUAUCUUGUCCAAGGAGUCCUAAAAGGCUACAUGUGGAGAUGGUUGAAAGAAGAUGAUGUUAAAGGUGCUGUGGGUGGUGGUCAUGUGGUGUUGCUGUACCCACCAGAUGACGACCGGACUUUUCCAGAGCUGAUAAGUCACCUGGGCUUGUCCCUCCAAUCCCUGGGCUUCAGCGUGUCCUUGGACCUGUGGAGCCAGGCCGAGCUCAGCGUUCUGGGCCCCGUGCCUUGGCUCCACUCAAGACUCAACCGGCUGCAAAAGCAAGGGGGCAAAGUGGUGCUGGUCCUGACCCAGGCUGCCUGGAUAAGGGCUGAAGAAUGGGGAGCUCGUGGGUGGGAGAGAAACACUCCCAUGGAGAGGAAGAGAGACAUGGAGGAAGAGGAGGCAGGAAGAAGCUAUACGGCCUCUUCUCCCUGUGUAGAUGUUUUUACGGCUUCAUUGAGCUGUAUUCUAGCAGACUAUUUACAAGGUCGCGCUGGCGAGCGGUUUAUGUUGGUGCAGUUUGAAUCACAUCCACCUGAGCCUCCGGGUGGUUUCCGGCCGCUGCCAGAACUUUUCCGCGGCCUUCAUGUUUACAGCCUCCCCUCCCAGAGCCUUGGAUUUCUGACCGAACUGGCUGGGGCUCGGCAAAUGGCUACUGCAUCAGCCAGACGGAAAAGAGCAGGGGGGCUCAGGAUGGCAUCCCGAGCUCUGGCACAUAAGCUCUCAGGGUUCACAGCAGGGACGACUGUAUUGCGCCUUGCAGGAGUGUCCCAGAACUGUGCUGGGUUAGGAGUUGAAGACUCUGGGGAAACGGUGCCCUUGCAGCCAUGUCUUAUCACGCCUCCCUCCAGCCCUGACUCAGGCCCAAAGGUCAAUGAAAUGGAAUGGGUCUGACAGAAGGACAGGAUGACACAAGAACAAGCUUCUUCAGGUUCGGGAUGAGCAGCCUGGAAAGAGUUGAAGUUAUAUUCUGGGAGAAGUUCAGAUACAUCAGUUUGCAGCUUUUGCACUUGCUGAUCUAAACAUUGAAAAAGGGGUGAGGUGGUUUAUGUGUCAGCGGAAACAGUCAUUCCUUUUUCAAAUAUAAGCUAUAGCUUGAGCUCUUGCUGGUCCAGAGAAAUAAAAGCGCACAUUGUUAAACCUCACACUACUUCUAAAAGUAAAUUCAAGGAAAAAUACUGUUGAUGCACAGUUUGAUCACUUGUCUGUGGUGAACAUGUAUCAAAAACUACAUACCAAAAGUACACUAACAUACAAAACGAGAAUCUCAAAGAAGCAAAUUGCUUCAUUGUUUUGGGCCUGACACUAUAUUGUUUAUUUAAGCUGUUUUUUCACAGCUUAAAACAAGCCACUGUGUGUAUAUUUACUAGUAUUUGACAUUAUGCCUGCACAUGUAUUGCAUAUAAAAGCCUUGAGAGACAAAAGAACAAGCUUUAUUUGGGGUUAUAAACGAGUACAGUAUAUUUAACUGCUUUCGUAUUCAUUACAUAUUAAUGAAAUGUGUGUUUGCAGAGCAGCAUCUUAACAUUUGUUUAAAAUGGAUAACAUUUAAUUCCUGAUCCAUAAAAUGUGGCAUUAUGAAGCAGCAAAAAGUAAAAUACAAACAAAAGGUUGUGCUGUGGAAUGUGGGUUUUGACAAGUACAAAUUACUUUGACAUUAUUCUGAAUAAUCAUUUUGUAUUCAGUAAUUGCACAGGUCGUCGACAUUAUUUGUUGCUUAAAUGGUUUGAUGGAUUUUUUAGUUUUUUAGACAAAACUUUAUUUCACUAAAGAAAUCACAUACAAAACACGUCAGGGACAAACAAGUACACAACACAAUA